AUGGAUCAGAAUAACAUGAAUAAGUUCUUUAACUCGUCGUUCUUUGCACAGACUCCACAGAAGGACAGCAAGCAGGGGCAAUUUCCUGGAAUGCAGCAGACUUCUAUUUUUGGGCAGCCUCAAUCUGGCUUUGGUACCACUCAGAAUCCUUUUCUCCAAGGGUCUGGAGGGAUGAAGAGCAACACGUUUGGAACGUCGACGGGGUUUGGCGGGGCGCCUUCGUUUGGAAGUGGAGGAUCUUCAGGGACCAGCGGGUUUGGUCAGCCCUUUUCAAGCCAGCAGCAGCCGUCGACCUCAUUAGCAAGAUUUGGAACAACCGGAACUCUUGGGGCAGGAAGCAACAUUUUCGGAUCCACUUCGAAUGCAUUAGGAAGCAACCAGACACAGUUUGGAGGGCCCAGUAGCAAUCCUACUUUUGGGGUGCAGCAGCCAAGUAGUACCUUCGGGUCAGGAGGGCAGAAUGUAUUGCAGCCAUUCUCUUCUGGUGCCUCAACAUCGGCACAGCCCAGUAUAUGGGGGCAGUCGACGGGCUCCUACAAUCCAUUUAACAGUAACCAGGGCUCUGCUUUUGCAAAUGACAGGAAUAGUACUUUGAAUAAAACCUUUCCAGGGCUUGUAGGAAGUAAUAGUGGAACUCGGGAUCAUCCUUACAUGCAGAGAAAGAUAAGAGAGGACAAUGGGGGCGAGGUGACCUUGAUGCACAUCAAUGGUAAUGAAAGCUAUAUGCAAAAGCCUGUUGAGGAGCUUAGGGCCGAGGACUAUACACUUGGAAGAAAGCCUAUAACAAGUGGAAGCGUGACAGAGCCCAAGAGCACGUCUGGCUUUGGAUCUUCUUUUGGAGGGGCCAUGUCUUCUUCCACAAUCAACAAGCCUCAAGGAAGUAGUAUAUUUGGGGCCACGCCCUCGAGCAACACCUUCCAGCCGUUUGUUUCAACAGGGAAUACGAAGUCUCAGCAAGAAACUGCAGCACCUAGCUUCGGAGGUAUCACACCACAGCAACCACUGUUUGCACCACAAAAUACACCUUUAAGUACGUCGAACCAGCCUUUUGGAUCAUCUGUUCAAACACCGUCGAAUACUACAGGUGGGAACCCGUUCCUUACAAGUGCACAGCAACCUCAGCCGGGGUUUGGAUCUGUUGUGAUGCCGCAGCCAUCUGAUUCGAGUAACCUUUCAUUUAUGCAGAUGCAGGCACAGACACCAUCUGCAUCUAUGCAGCAACCUUUUGGGAAUGCAGGGGGAUCCUUCGGGGGUUGUGGACAGCCAAGUCAACAGCAAACAAAAAUAGAUCCAACGGAUCCAUUUCUCCUGAGGGACAUCAAGUUCGAAAAGACCGAGAAGGAGCAUCUUCCUCUGAGCAAGGUGCUCCCAAGGCCAAUGUUUAAAGAGGAAUCGAAGCCUCGGAAAAUAUCUCUAAGCUUUCGCCCUCCAAAGCCUCCUGCUAAGGAGAAGAUAUAUACAAUUCCCCCGAUAGAGGACAUCAAGCAUAUGAAGGAAGUUCACAACCUGAUUAUAGGCUUUGAAGACAAGGGAAGGAUAGAGUAUCUUGACACAGUGAAUGCAUCUGAAAUCACUAUGACAAACAUCCAGUCAAAGAUCUACUUUUCGAAGGAAUCUGUUGUAGUUAAUGAUCCUGUCGGAGUAGGACUAAACAGAAGAGCUCGUGUGUAUGUAGAAGGUGUUUUCCCUUACAGUAGGAGCCUUGGAGACUAUGUCAAAGGAGAGCAGAAGCAGUUUCCAUUAAAGGGGAUUCAGGAGAGAUUCGUAUAUGGGCUGAAGAACGAUACUGUGAAGAAGUUUGUUGGUUAUGAGUAUGAGAGAGGAACAUACGUCUAUGAUGUUAAUCACUUUUGA